AAAAAACUUCACCAGUUAAAAAAACUCAAAAAACACUCUUCUCGUUCUUGGGCUUACCUACUCCAAGUACAAGUAGGCUAGAAAUAGAAGAGGAUGAAAUACCCGCUAUUGACAAAUCAAAUGUUGCUCUAGCUAGCAGUACAGAUAUGGACGGCUCGAGUUCCGGAAAGGAGUCUGAGGAGCUAACCUUGGGCAGAAGAACCCUAAGA